AUGUCGAACUUCGAGCCAAACGCCGUGAUCCGCGGCUUCCAGCUCACAGUGGUAGGCACCGUUCGUGCAUUAUCGAACCCUGAACUAUUCAAGUAUGACCAUUUCCGCCAAGCAGCUUUCGCAAUAGCCAUCAGCAUCGUGAUCCAAUUGAUCAUCCAGAUUCCAAUCCUCAGCGUAAGAUUCUCUAUCUACGUCUUAUCAUGGGUGGUCAAUCUGGAGCAGGCUGUCUGGGACGACAAGCUUCUCAAUGGAUUGGAAUUUAUGUCCAAGUCUGUCCUUCAGGUACCAUUCUUGCUCAUGACCCUGAUGCGAUAUGUGACGCCUACGCUCGAUCAAAUCUUCAUGCAGUCCAUCCACUGGGUGGACACCACAUACAUCCAGAAACAUAAAUCUGAAGAUCCUCGGCACCUGCGUUCUCUAUACUACCCCAAUCUGUCUCAGUACUCUGCCAAGGGCGGCUCCAGUGUUUCUCGGCCAUUCCCCGAAGCACUGAAGUCAUUCUUCAAUCGUUAUACAAAGAAGGUUGGCAUGAUGCUUGGUCUCUAUCUUCUGUCGAUGGUUGUAAUCAUCGGUCGGUUCGUCAUGCCUGCAGCAACUUUCUACACAUUCCGAAGCCACGUUGGCUCGACUCCCGCAGCUGUCAUUUUUGGCAUAGGCUUGAUUCUGCCGAAGACGUACAUUAUCAUGUUCCUCCACACCUACUUUUCUUCGCGCAGUCUGAUGCGUGAACUUCUCGAACCCUACUUUUGUCGCAUUAAGUUCACAGCCGAGCAAAAGCGUCGGUGGUUCCGCGACCGCGAAGGUGUUCUCUUCGGCUUUGCCUUCGCUUUCACGGUUCUUCUUCGCAUUCCAUACAUUGGUGUGCUAAUGUAUGGCAUUGCUGAGGCAUCUACUGCGUACCUUGUCACCAAGAUCACCGACCCGCCUCCAUCUCCUGCUGAAAGUGCAGACUUCGCCGAAAGCCAGGUUACCUGGAAGAACAAACAUGAUUUCUUGCGCUUGUCUCUCGAUAAUCUUGACAAGCUCAAUGUCGACAUAGCCGAGCACGGUGAUAAGGACUCUGGUUCCCCCGAGAAGAAGUUUUCUUGA